AGCGCUAUUGUAGUCGAAUUGACGAUGUCAUUUUUCCCGCCGCCGGCUGAAUUCGAAUUCUGGAAACCCAUAAUUUUUUAUUUUGAUUUGGGCGUUUCGUCCUCACUUGGUGGCCACAAUUGAAGCUCUCUAAAGCUUCCUGGGGCUUGACUCGAUGAGUGUGCAUCAGCCACUUCAGUCGAACUGUCGCCGAACUCGCCAACCCAUUCGAACAUCUUCUUCGUGCUUAGGGACAUUUUCAGGGGAGAAUAGGCUCGACUUUAAUCCUGCAAAACAAGGACAAUCGAUUCCAAUUGAGCAAGGGAGGAGCUUCCCUGAGUUGGGGGAGUUGCGGCGGCCUCCUUGGAUGGUGUUGGAUAGCUUCUCCGUGUCCCACCCAAUAGACCCUCUCUCCUGCCCUGUCUCGCCGUCGUUGAAGAACAGGGGCUGUUCUAGGAACUUGAUCGUCAGAAGGUCGGUCGAGCCAGGGCCUUUAGCAUAAAUUGAGUGCUCGUCAAGCCGACCAUCGUUCUUUCCUCACCUGCCUCAUCACAGUUCGCAGCUCGAUUUGAAGUGAGUCACAGUUGAUCGGAGCGACCCUCCGUUGGGGAUAGCGACUUUAGAACAACUUUCUUCCCAUCGAGCUUGAGCUUAUAGCAAUUUGUGCCUACAUCAUGGACCACUACUCAGUCAAAUUGCCAUGGCCUCCCAAUAGUAGGUGAGCGACUUGCAUUGAGGCGACGUCGCACUGAACUUCAUCCUUGUAAUUACAGAUCGAAAAUGCCACCCGAUCUUGCUUAGUAACUUUGAGUGACCCGUAAACAUUGAGCCAGUUGAGAUGAUGCGGUUCGGGGUGUUUGCUCGUAGAUAGCCCCAGCUGCUUGACAGCAUCGAGACUGAUGACGUUCGUGCAACUACCUCCGUCGAUAACCACGGACAAGCAAUGGCCAUCUACUAAGCAACAUGUAUGAAAAAGGUUGGUGCGCUGACCUUCUUCCGUCUCAGUGCCCUUUGUCAAGGCUAUGAGGUUCAUGACAGACAAGAAAGGACCCUUCUACGCUUUGAUUUCCUCAUCUACGUCAUCAUCGGAGGAGCUGUCGUCCUUCUUCUUAUGUCCACCUUCAUCAUCAGAGAUGUACUCACCAUCUCGUAGAAUCAUGGCCUUAAUGCUUGGAUUGUAGGGGAGUUAGCUCGGUAGGAACCUCAGCAGCAGGUUUAGCACUUGUAAACCUUCGCCUAAUAGAGGAUUUUUGCUUCUUUUCCACUCUAAUGGGGAGCUGAACUACUUCUUCGAGUUCGACCUCAUGACGAAUCUCUCGAUUCAGUCCGUGGAGGACACUUGAAAUCAUUGCCUCUUUGUCUUCACGCACAUCAACUUGCAUCAAGAGCAAUUCGAGCUCUCAAAAGUACUCUUCGACGCUCCUCGAUCCUUGUCGAAUGCCCUGCAGCGCAUCAUAGAGGUCUCAUUGAAAGUAUCCCGGGACAAAGCGAUCCCUCAUCAGACCACGUAGCUCGUCCCACGUGGUUACAAGUGCUUGGUGAUUUCAUCUUCGACAGAGUUGGAGUUGUUACCACCACUGAGCUGCCUAUUGUGAAAAUUCGUAAGUUGUCAUCGCCACUUUCUGCUGCUCGGUGGCCGCACUCAAAGAACAUAAUAAUUUUUCUUUCCAAUCAAGGUACGCUGUUGGGUUCAGGGUCCCCUGAAAUUGCGGAACAGCGAGCUUGAUUCCCAGAGGAAUCAUCAAAUAUGUUUCCGGCGGUCUUCCUCGAUGCUCACGUCGUCGUCGUCCCUGCUUAGGAUAGUCAACGAUUAGCUGCUGCUCCGACUCCUCAACUCAGGCCAGCAAUUCCCGAUUAGCAGCUUCAGUUGCAACGAGACCAUGCUCCCUUGUUUGGUCCUACAAAUUCGCGGCCGGAGUUAGAGCAUCGAGCCUCUGUCCUUGCUGCUCCAAUUGGCGCUCAAUUUUGUCAAACUAAGCUUGGAAAAGUGUCCUCAACUGCGCCGUAAUAGUCUUUAGAAAUUCCGUUGUAUUAAACUAUCCCGACAUCAUGAUUACACCCCCCCCCUUGAUUAGGCUCGUCAGAAUCGACUCCUUCCUAUGGAUUCCGUCGAAUGGAAGGGUCUUGAGAAACAGGUCCUUCCUAUGGAUUCUGUCGAAUGGAAGGGUCUUGAGAAACAGGUCCUUCCAGAAACGCGUCAUUCACACAACGUCGGCUUCCGUCCUAUCCACUAAGGUGAACUGGGCUCUGAUUACCACUUGAUAACACCCAAACACGGUGUUGAUUCCACAAACUGAACUUGGAAGCCAAGCUUAGCAACUCGUCCAAGAAACCAAGUCGCUAAUG